AUGCCGCAUUCGAAGACACCCAAAAAGAAGAAGACCAGAAGAAACCCAGGAGACUGUGAAAAUGUUGACCCUGGAUUGGAUGCCUUCAUCAAUGCCCAAUGGCUUCCAAAAGAUGACCCUUGCCUUGGAUGCCAGAGGAAAGUCCUUGAGGUACACUUUGGUAAUGACCACAUCUCGAAACCCCGUUCAUGUUGUAAACGCUGUGAUUUGCACAAGCCUGUGACUUGCUGCGAUCUUCACACCCCUAGUCUUGCUGCCUCUAUGUUCCAUCAGGAACUUGCAGUGCAACCAUCCAAGUGGCAUCCUCAGCAUGUGAAACCAAACUACAUAAAGGAUGUCAAGCAUUCUGCUCAGCUCAGCUGUGCCCUUAAGGGCUGGAGGAAAGACAAGUUUUCUCACCAUUAUCCUGGACAUCAAGACAACUUGUGGAUAGGCGAUUGGGCAGUACUUGGGGACUCCAUCAUCAAUGAUAUUGUGUACGAUGCAAACUUCAACCAGCUGUCAACUCCCCAAGACUUUAUGCAACUCAUUGACUGGGAGGAGUGA